AUGUCGAACGCUUCCGAGAAAACUAUUUCCCCUGGCGCCUCUCGGCAAUCAUCAAUAAAAUCAGUCGAGCUAUCCGCGAGACCUUCGAGUACGCGACCACCCAAUGGCCAGCCUGUCGCCGACGGCCUGCAUGCCGAGCCGCAUCCGAAGCAACCCGAGAAGGCCUCCAUCAAGGAUCGCUUUACUCGCAUGUUCUCCAAGGACGACGUCCCCAGAUCCGGCCCCGCCGAUGCGUCCCAGCCGUCGAAACGCGCUGUCCCGAGCCCCGCCCCCAGCCAGAAUGGCCUCAACGUGCCCGCCAGGCCGAGCCCGAUCCCGCGUAAAAUGUCCAUGGCCGAUACUCCGAGUCCCGCCCCCAAACCGGCGCAGUAUCAACGAUUUGUCGCUGACCCCGAAGCCCCCGGCGGCCACGAGCACCACCUUAGGGGUAGUAAGCGACAAGAGAAGCUUUCGGACAUGUGGAAGGCCCUCCUCGGUCUGAAGCAGGACCAGCCUGCCGAACCCGAUCUGUCCUUGAGGUCGAGCUGGGUCGACACUGUCAAGCAGGAGAAGGAGUCGAAGGAGCUGGUGGCCACCGACAAGAAGGGGGGUCCCAACCAGAGUACCACUCUGGUCGAGAAGUACGGCAAAUGCCAGGAGGUGAUCGGUCGCGGCGCGUUCGGCAUCGUGAGAAUUUCGCACAAAAAGGUGGACAACGUGGAGAAGCUCUUCGCCGUCAAGGAGUUCCGCCGCAGGCCCGAGGAGACGGAAAAGAAGUACAGCAAGCGCCUCACGGCCGAGUUCUGCAUCUCGUCGUCCUUGCGCCACCCCAACGUCAUCCACACGCUGGACCUGCUCAAGGACCAGAAGGGCGACUACUGCGAGGUGAUGGAGUACUGCUCCGGCGGCGACCUCUACACGCUGGUCCUGUCGGCCGGGAAAUUGGAGGGGGUCGAGGCCGACUGCUACUUCAAGCAGAUGAUGCGCGGCGUCGAGUACCUGCACGAGAUGGGCGUCGCGCACCGCGAUCUCAAGCCGGAGAACCUCCUGCUGACUAGCCACGGCGCCUUGAAAAUUACGGAUUUCGGCAACGGCGAGUGCUUCAGGAUGGCCUGGGAAGACGACGCCCACAUGGUGUCGGGCCUCUGUGGCUCGGCUCCGUACAUCGCCCCCGAGGAGUACAUCGAGAAGGAGUUCGACGCCCGGGCGGUCGACGUCUGGGCUUGUGGCGUCAUCUACAUGGCCAUGCGGACGGGACGGCACCUCUGGCGAGUAGCCAAGAAGGACGAAGAUGAAUUCUACGAGCAAUAUCUCCAAGGCCGCCGCGACGAGGAGGGCUACAGCCCGAUCGAGUCGCUGCACCGGGCCCGCUGUCGUAACGUCAUCUACUCCAUCCUAGACCCCAAUCCUUCACGACGUAUCACGGCGUCGCAGGUCCUCAAGUCCGAAUGGGGUCGCUCAAUCAAGCUCUGCAAAGCUGGUGAGGAAGGUCUCUGA